CACCGCGGUUCCUCUCCCCGGCUCCGAGAUGGAUCGGUGCCUUCCAGCCAGCCCCUGCCGGCAGUCCUGCUCUCCCGUCGAUCGAUCAGCCCACCCCACAGCCGUCGCCUCCUGCUGCAGCUCCAACCGAAAUGUCAGGCCACUCCGAGCCCCAGGACCAGCUGCCUCCCCAGGCUCAGAUCUUUGCCAUGAUCAACCAGAUGUGGACAACCCGAGCCACCGCCGCCAUUGCCAAGCUCGGCGUUCCUGAUGUUCUUGCAGCAGGCCCCAAGUCAGCCCGCGAGAUCGCCCAGAUGCUCCAGUUGAACGAGGCCGCGCUGUUCCGCCUGCUGCGAGCCGGCUCGGUCUUUGGGAUCCUCCGCCACGACACUGCUGCAAACACCUUCGAGCUGACCGACCUGGGCCAUGUCUUGCGCUCGGACUCGCCCAACAGUCUCAGGAACUACCUGCUGACCGCUGUCUCUCCCAGCCACUGGCGCCCCUGGGGUCAGGUCGAACAGGCUGUCCAGACCGGCCUCCCUCCAACCCUCAGCGAACUGGGCUGUGAUAUCUUUACUUACUUCCAGCGCAACCCCAAGGAGGCCGAGGACUUUGCCAACGCCAUGAGCCACCUCUCGUCGCUGUCGAUCGAGCCGACCCUGGACGUGCUGCCUUUGGACAAGUCCGAGGUCGUGGUCGAUGUCGGCGGCUCGCACGGCGUGCUGCUUGGGUCCAUCCUGGGCCGCUGGAAGCACCUUCGCGGAGUCCUCUUGGAAGUCCCCGAGGUUAUCCAGACCGCACCGGCCGUGCUUGAGCCGUUCGGCCUCGGCGAUCGCAUCGAGCUAGUUGCCGGAGACUUUUUCAAGGACAUUCCUGCUGGCGACACGUAUAUCCUCAAGCACAUUCUCCACGACUGGAGUGAUGACGAGUGCAUCCAGAUCCUGUCGAACGUCUACAAGGCCAUGGCUCCAGGCGGCCGCAUCUUUGUCCUCGAGAUCCUUGUCGAUACCAGCAGCAAAGCUAGCGCCACCAACUCUGUAUGCAUGGACUUGAACAUGCUGGUGCUGACCACCGGGCGCGAGCGAACCCUUGAGGAGUACGGCUGCCUGUUCAGCAAGACCGGUCUCCAUCUUCGCCAGGCUCACAAGACCGCCAGCCUCAUCACCGUCAUCGAGGGCUACAAGGACUAGAUGCCGUCCUGUUCCUGGCGACCAGCAUCAUGAUAUUACUUGGUUUGCCACCCACCGCAACAGCCUCGCGAUAUGAAAUGCUUGGGAGAGAGAGAGAGCAGCACUGGCUUCGAAUACAUUGCUCCUUAUGGGAGAUGUCCAUGCGUAUAUAUCGGCCGAGCUGCCCUCGGAUCAAGAGAGCCCGCUAGGCCGAAAUGUUCAUCUUGGACAUGGGCUUCUCGUCUGUCUGCGACUGGCUGACCGAGCUCCUCUGCGGAUUCUUCUGUGCGUCCCCUAGCUUCCAGAUCUCGAUGAUGAACGAUACAACCAGGUUGCAUCCAAUGGCCUGUUGGACAGAUGAAUAUUAGCUGCAAGCCUUCCGCAGCAAAGCGCAGCGGCCAGACACAAUCAAAGCUUGGGUGGGAUUCCCCGACUCGAU